AUGGCCGCCAAUGCUGAUGAGGACCGCUGCGCCCUCUGCCCGGAACCGAAGGAGGGCACGAUCGUCGACCCGCAGCGCCCGGCGCGAAGCGACGCGACCGAGAAGAAGCGGGGCUGCCGCCGCCCGAUUUUGGAGACAUACAAGUGUCUCGGUCUCCACGUCUACGUGGAAGAGGUGGACGAGCCGAAGAGGGAGGAGGUCCUCACCUCCCUGCGGAUGGCGGCCUGCAGCCGAUGCACCUUCCGCGGGACGCCCUUGGAAGCUCUGCAGAAGGCGUGGCUGGAGAAGCAGGCGGAGAAGGAGAAGAGGUCGAAGCAGAAGGAGAGCAAGGAGAAGAAGACCGGAUCGAAAGAGAAGAAGAAUAAGAAGCGCACGAAGCAGUCGCAGGAGAGGGAGAAGAGCCAUGAGAAGGAGAAGGAGGAAGGAAAGAAGGAGAAGAAGAAGGUCGACAAGGCCGGAAAGGAGGGCGAGAAGAAGCAGGGGAGGAGGCAUGAGCAGAAAGUGAAGGAGAAGGAUGAAAAGAAGGAAGAAGAAGAUGAGAAGGAGGAAGCUAAGAAGGAGGAGGAGCCGUUCGUCUACCCGGCAACCCUCUACUGGGACGAAGUGAAGGAGGCCAAGCAAGAGUUCGUCAUCCAGAACACGGGACUGCGCCGUGCGUUCAGGGUCAAAUGCACCGACAUCAAGACCUACCAGUUCGGUCCGAUCUAUUGGCUGGACCGCCCCGGGCGGAGCAAGAGCAUCAGCGUCGGCAGGCUGGCAGCGCCCUUGAAGCCGGACAGGAUUGCCGUCGAGUACUGCGAGGUCGACCACACCAUCAAGGACGCCCAGCAGUACUUCAAGGACAAGGGCCGCAAGACGAAAUGCCUCGCAAUCCCGACUGGGCGC